AUGACGCCAAACCGUGUCCUUCUGCUGGCCAUCGCCUUCUGGGCCAGCGGCGCGCUUGUCACGCUCAGCCUCAGCCUGAACGGGCUCCUCGCCAAGGCCGCAGCGCCGCGCUUCCACGCCGACGCCUCGCGCGCGCCAUGGCUUCGGUUCGCGUGCUUCGGCGGCGGCGUGGCGCUGGGCGUGUCGCAGGCGGCGCUGAUAUUUGUGCCGCUGGCCGCCAGCGAGGCGCGGCGGAUCCUCGGCCUGUCGGUGCGCGCGCGUGCGGUCGACUUUUUCCCCCGCUGCAAGCUGCUCGGCGUGCUCGCCGUCGCGCUCAGUUGCGCUCUCGUGGACCGGCUCACGCAAGCGUACUACGCGUCUGUCCUCGUCUUCGUCGCGCUGCUCGCCGCCGUCGGCGUCUCUCUCGCAGCCGGCGCGGCGCGCCUCUCCCUCGGCCUCUGCCUGAGCGGCGACCACCGCGCCGCUCUCCUCAAGCGGGUGAGGGUGGCGCUGCCGCCGCUGCUCGAGGAGGAGGGCGAGCAGCGGGCGUCGGACCUCGCCGCGGGCGUGUCGCCCGCCGCGGACGCGUCCUCGCCCGCCGCGGACGCGUCGCCCGCCGCCGCGGCCGCACCGCCCGCCGCGGCCGCGUCUCCCGCCGCAGCUUGGCCCGCCUCCUCUCGCGAGCUUGGGCCGGGGACGAGAGACUGGCUGCGCGACGAGGGAGGGGGCGACGCCGACCCCGCGCCGGCAGUCUGGCCGGCCUCUGCGCGGGACCUGAGCAGCACGACACGGUCUUGGCUGAGAGACGACGGGGGCGCUGCCGCGCCGCAGGGCGAGACAGAGCAGGGGGAUGACGCCGGCGUCUGA